GAAAAUAAUCGAUAAUUGGGAAAACUUGCGGGCGGAAAAUGUACGAUUAUACAUUUAUAACGUAAUUUUAAUAGCUAUAAGUUUGAGACGAGGUUUCCUUGUUUUGAAGUUAUUUCCUGAUCCUGCAUCAAGUUUGAUGAGAGGUUUCCUUGUUUUGAAGUUAUUUACUGAUCCUGCAUCAAAUCAAGUUCCAGCUGCAUCUCGAUUUUCCAACGGCCCGUGGCAACUACCCGUCAACAAAUCUACUUCAGCAUCGCUUAACAGACUACGACUUCGAUGAGUUGGAUGCUCUAUUCACGAAGCUAUACCUGGACCUUGCGGGAGAUAAGCGGUCGUGGCAAGUGGAGUUGCGGAACGAGAGGAGGGCUUUCCUCAAAGGUUGGGAUGAGGUAACACAGAGAGAAGCAGAGGUUCUGAGGGAGCUCCUCACUAUUAAGGAUUACAACACCUUGACCUAUCUGCGACUACGACGAUAUCUAUGACCUUCUCAGGAGGGAAGAGCAUAGAUACUAUAAGGGAGCUAGACGGGUAAACUUGAAACCUGCUCUAAUGCACCAGUGGUCGGCGAAAGCGAGAAAAGAAUGGCAGAGGUUCAAGAGCGGAUUCAAGAGUAUCAGGACGCGGUGUUGGUAGAGGCAGAUGGCGUCUAUGAUCGAGGUGGUGGAGGUCCAAUUGGCACACGGUGGAAGGCAUCAGAGGCAGCGGCUGAGAGCUUGGUUAGAGCUGUGGUCUACGAGCCUGCACACGUAUCUUUCGGCUUGGCAUCUUGUAGUUCAUCUAUGUCUUCUAGUGGUCGUGUGGUUACAAAGG